UGGAUGUGUUGAUUGUGUGAACCGUGCGGUGACUGGGACAAACUGUCGUCGCACUUCCGAUGUCGACACGUUGCGAACAGAGCGUUAGGACGUUUCCGCCGCCUUGAAAAAAGAAACGGUUACUUAUGGCGGUGAAUUUGGCUCGACUCCAGGCUGUGAUGGUGAAAUGAAGAUUGAUGAAAAGAUUGUCACAUAUUUUGAAUCGUGCACCUCUCCUGUGGACAAGGAGGGGUACCUUUACAAGAAGGGUGAGAUAAAGACUUCCUAUCAGAAGCGCUGGUUUGUGCUGAAGGGGAACCUCCUCUUCUACAAGGACCGGGCGGCUGACCGGGACGCGAUUGGACUGAUCGUUCUGGAGGGCUGCACCGUCGAGCUGUGCGAGUCCGAGGAGCAGUUCGCCUUCUCGCUGGUGUGGAGCGAGCCGGGGCUGCGGACGUACAAGUUUGCUGCCGAGGACCAGGCCGGUCAGGAGAGCUGGAUCAAGGCCCUGCUGUCGGCCAACCACAACUACCUGGCCCUGUUGGUGAUGGACAUGGAGAAGAAGUACAGAGACGCAUUGGGUGCAUUCUCCAGUGAACCAGCCAACCCUUUCACGAUGCCACAUUUCAACACAGCAUCCUAUCAGAGCAGACAGACUUCAACGCUGCCUAUGUACGCAGCACCGGCCGCAGCAGCGGGACCCGGUCUGAGCGCUGCUGGUCCAACUUUUCAAAUGCCGGCCAUUUCAUCCAAAGCAGCCAGUAACAGAUCACCCAAGCUGUGGCCCAAGAGGAGCGCAAACGUGGUGCCUAUAAACACCCCUGCUCCACCCAUUGUGGACUGGUCAGGGGUCUGCUUAGACUACACCAGGGAGGAAUUUUGUAAACUCCAUGAAGACUAUGGAAGAGAAAUCAAGGAACUGAUUGUUAAUUGGUCAAAAAGAGGGCAAGAUGGCGGUGAUGUUCAGGAAGAGAACUUAAUAGAUUUCGGAUGAAUUUAUAGAAGUGUUAAGGGUCUAAACCUAAAUUUCAGCAAUGGUAACAUUGCAAAUAUGUAAAUAGGAAUUACAACUUAAAAAGAAUAUUGUUUAGAUUUACUUAUAUAUGUUUUUGGUUAUAGAGCGUACAGUUUUUUUUGUUUUUUAUCAUGCCUUAGAGUCAAUAAAUGAUCUGUGAUCUGCUGUUCUAUUAACCUUUGCUAUUUAUCAGAGAGAAAUUAUAUUUAAAACAGGUCACACCCAACAAAACACCAUAAGAAUCAAUAGUUAAUGAAAUUAUGCGUCACAUUUGUAUGGUUAUAUUGACCGGUUACAAGAAAUUAAUCAAAUACCUGCCAUCCAAUUAUAAUCGAGUACUGUAUUAUCAGUGGCCAUUACUGUGAAUGUUUUUUUUUAAUGAUAAUGAUAUCUUUUCCAGUACCUAACCUUUUACAUAUAUAACUUGGGCAGCAGCAGACAAUUAUCAUUAUCAAUUAAUAUGCCAAUGUUUUUUUUAACCAAUUGAUCAAUCAUUAGUUUAUGAAAUAUUAAAAAAUUGGGAUAAAAAAUGGCCAUCACAAUUAACGCCUUGAAAUAUCUACUUUAUAUCUAUUUUAAUACAGAAGAAGCAUUGAGGUAAGAUGUCAAACCCUGUUUAUCAGUAAUCAGAUGUUAUUGAUCCCUUAAUUGCACAAUUUGUCUGUAAAUAAGUAAAUAAAAACACCUGGUUUAAAGCGGA